UGGUGGACUGAGCUGUCAAUCAAAUGGCUCUGGGCGGGGCUUUCUGUCCAGGGUGGGUAGUGGUACCUGAUCACAGGAUUCCAGCCUGACCUCAGCUCCUAGCACGGCUGAAGUCAAGUGAUGUCACCUUGGUACUUCGGCUGAUUCUACUAGCAGACACUGAAAGGACUCUGAUAGUUCAAGCUCUCUGAUUGGCUCACACUGUGGGAAACUUCAACCAGACCAAGACCCACACAUUCAUAUGGAGAUGUGGGACUAUAAAUAGAAGGGCUGAAACCACAACAGAUCACAUUCUCUCUACAGAGACCUCUACAACUCACACAUCCAGCCAUGGCACCUACAAUCACUGCAGCAAUCACCAACUCUCAGGAGCAUCUGACUCUGACCCACAAGCUCAGAAAACCUCUGGUGGAGAAGCUCCGCAGAGAGCGAAUCAACAGCAGCAUUGAGCAGCUCAAGUCUCUCCUGGGUCCAGAGUUCCUCAAACAGCAGCCAGACUCCAAGAUGGAGAAAGCAGACAUCCUGGAGAUGACAGUUUGCUUCCUGACACACAUGCAGCAGCAGAACCAACAGCAGAGAACACUGCUCAACCACAUCAACAAGCUGCGACCUUCCUCUGAUAACAGCCUGAUAGAGGCUGACUUCUCUCCUCUCAGCUCCACAGUCCAGACCAGCAUCACCAAAGACAAGAGUCCAGUCAACAGCGCCCUCUGGAGGCCGUGGUAGACACCUACACACUGGAGUUACACCCGGACAACAUUUAAAUGACCACAUUGGUCAAACAUUACUGGACUGAAUUCUAGGAAAUUUCAUGAACUUGUUCUUCUGUAUGUACAGAAGGUUGAUUUGGGUUUUUUUUGUGCAAGAUGACAUUUCCUGAGGAAAUGACAGCAACAAUAUCUUUCAAGUUAAGAAAGAAAACAUCUUGUCAUGCAUGAGACAAGCUGAAUCGACCAUAUUGGUUAAAGAUUACUGGACUGAAUUCUAUGAAACUGAAUAACUUGUUCUUCUGUAUGUACAGAAGGUUAUUCAUUUACCUAUAUGUAUUUCACAUUUUCAUGGAUGUAAAUAUUUCCUAUGGAAAUCUAGUCAAACAGGGUAAAACUGUCUUUAUAUUGAAAAAGAGAAUUUGUCAUUUUUGCUAUAUCAGUGAAAUCAAAAACUAAGCAAAUCUUCAUUUACUACCACUAUGUAAAACUAUGCAUCACUUUGUGGUGAUACACGAUGAAAGAAAGUUUGUUAGUUCCUGACUUGUAUCAUUUUGAUAAACAUUUAACUGUCCAGUAUUUGAACAUUUUUUAGAAACUGCUGAUCCUUGAAUCCCUUUAAUUAUUCAGCACUGAUCUGUUUUUUAGAUCAAAAUACACAUAUUUCCUUUGUUCUGAAAGGAUAGUUUAUUCACAUUAUUCUGUGCCAAGCCAGUUAAUUUUGCUUCUAAAAAAAAUGUAUUGACUGUUCUUGGUAUUAACUUGCUCACAUCACUUUGUGAUGAUUUAAAUGUGAUCUGUUUAAAGGCCAGUUUGUUUUCUGUUAUGAAGUGCAAAUUCUGUGCGUUUGAAAGAUGUUCUCUGCGAGACUGAAUAAUGAUUCAUCUCAGAAUGUUUGUGUCAUUUGUAAAGACAAGUCUUCCUCAACUCAGUUUGAGUUCAGUGUCUUGGAGAUGUUUCCAAGUUAUUGUUGUGAUUGAUCAUCACAUCGAUCUGCCUCCAGCAGUCACUUUCAAAAAGAUUCAUAUUGAUUUUAUCUGAAUAAAGAAAUCAAUGAAGUCAAAGAAGUUUUUAUGUUCAAAUGUCAUUUUUUCUCUUGCACACUUGUGUCACAAUGAGAAAGAAUAAUUUCUUCAAGUGUUCUUUUUAGAGUAUUUCUCUCAGAGCUAACAGAGUGCUGCAAUGAUACACAACUAAUUAUCAAUAAAACAUGAAUGACGAAUAAUCUCAUGUUUAUAAAGGUGAUUGUUCUUUCAGUGUUUCUGAAAUGUUACCAAAUUGUCAUUGUGACAUAUCAUCACAUCUUGUUGGAGCUUCAUACUUGAUGUGGUUCAUUGUGCCUCGUUCAAUAAACAAACUGCCAGCUGAAAA